AUGGCUAAGCAUCUACUUUCAGUACUCCUAGUCCUUAUGGCAUUUCUCAUCACAGUGAAUUGCUACAAACCACUGAAAUCAUGCAAUCCAAGUGGCUACUUACGCGGCAAGGCCCACAAAUGCAACAUCCAGAACUACUCCGACUGCUGCAAGGCGGGCAAGAUGUAUCCUCAGUAUCAUUGCUCACCUCCUGUUACAAGCAAUACUGGUGCAACCAUGACCAUCAAUAGCUUUGCCCCAGGGGGUGAUGGUGGAGCACCUUCCGAGUGCGAUAACAAAUACCAUAGCGAUAGUGAAAAAGUCGUGGCCCUGUCUACAGGAUGGUACAAUGGCGGAAGCCGUUGCCUUCAGAACAUCAAGAUUAACGCCAAUGGUCGGUCAGUGCUAGCUAAGGUUGUUGACGAGUGUGAUUCGAUGAAUGGUUGUGAUUCUGAUCAUGACUACCAACCACCUUGCCCCAACAACAUAGUAGAUGCCUCUCCUGCAGUGUGGAAGGCAUUGGGCAUCCCUGAAUCGCAGAUCGGUGACUAUGAUAUCACGUGGUCUGAUUCAUGCAAUCCCAGUGGCUACUUACGCGGCAAGGCCCACAAAUGCAACACCCAGAACCACUCCGACUGCUGCAAGGCGGGCAAGAUGUAUCCUCAGUACCAUUGCUCUCCUCCUGUUACUAGCAAUACUGGUGCGACCAUGACCAUCAAUAGCUUCGCCCCAGGGGGUGAUGGUGGGGCCCCUUCCGAGUGCGACAACAAAUACCAUAAUGAUAGUGAAAUGGUUGUGGCCUUGUCUACGGGGUGGUACAAUGGUGGUAACCGCUGCCUAAAGAACAUAAAGAUCAAUGCCAAUGGCCAAUCCAUAUUGGCUAAGGUUGUUGAUGAGUGUGAUUCGAUGAAUGGUUGUGAUUCAGAUCAUGACUACCAACCACCUUGCCCCAACAACAUAGUAGAUGCCUCUCCUGCGGUGUGGAAGGCAUUGGGCAUCCCCGGAUCGCAGAUCGGUGACUAUGAUAUCACAUGGUCCGAUGCUUGA